CAGCGGGGGGUGGGAAGCAAAACCCUGAGUUAAUCCGCCCCGAGACCCAGCUGAGACCCACGCACACCCUAUGUAUCAGUAUGCACCUGAGAGGAGUCCAGUGCAAAUUAAAGUGAAGAUAACUAACGACAGGUGGGGGCAGGAGUUCCGAGAUAUCUCCGCUUUGCUGACGGAUACAUCAGUUCUUUUUAUUGAAAGCAAUCCGGGCACGCAGAAACAAUGGGCUGAAGCGGAGGAGCCCGAGCUGCGGCUGUUGCUAAGGGACAAAACAGCAGCCAGCGGAGCAACCAUCGCACAACCAUCACGCUGAAAGUGCGGUGUGUGAGCGGGGCUGAGCCGGUAAAACGGGAAUUCCAGGUGGAAAAGGACUUAGUACUGCUUGACUGGGAAUACUCCGCGGUCUUCUACGUACAACGCGUGAGUACAGCACCGGUAGAGCAGAGUAGAACUGAUAGUAUUUACCGGUUCCCAUGUGCCUGGUGUGAGUAGCACUGACAAUCUAACUGAAGUCAGCUGGGAAAGCAAACAGCCAAGCAAAGAGCCUUCGGGCAGCAGCUCCUGUUUGCAGCGGCUCCUCCUCCUCCCCGCCCCGUCUUCUGCAACUUGCAGCCGGGCAGCGCUGUGGGCUGAGGCUGCACCUGUAACAGCCAGAGGAUGCACGGCUCUGCUCUGCGACCUUUCCUGGUGGCUUAAGGGAAGAGAAGCUGAGUUCGGAGGUUGAGGUUCGGCGGGUGAGAGCUGAGUUCAGAGCGUUGCACAAACUGAACUUUGCAAACAACUCCGUCUUGAUAUUUCUGGACCCUGCGGGAAGACCUUCCUCCGCGUUUGAGCCAUGAGCGGCUGUUCUAAGAGAUGCAAACACGGGAUUGUCAAAUUUGCUCAGACGAUUUUCAAGCUUAUCACGGGCACUCUCAGCAAAGAUAAAAUUGAAGAUGAAUUAGAAAUGACUACGGUGUGCCACAGACCCGAAGGCUUGGAGCAGCUUGAAGCACAAACCAAUUUCACUAAAAGAGAGCUUCAAGUGCUUUACAGAGGAUUUAAAAAUGAAUGUCCUAGCGGGGUGGUUAAUGAAGAGACAUUCAAACAGAUCUAUGCACAGUUUUUUCCUCAUGGAGAUGCUAGCAUGUAUGCACAUUAUCUCUUUAACGCAUUUGACACUGCACAGAAUGGCUCAGUGAAGUUUGAGGAUUUUGUGAUGGCGUUGUCCAUUCUGUUGCGGGGAACAGUUCAUGAAAAGCUAAGGUGGACGUUUAACCUGUACGACAUAAAUAAGGAUGGCUACAUAAACAAGGAGGAGAUGAUGGAUAUAGUAAAGGCAAUCUAUGAUAUGAUGGGAAAGUACACGUACCCAGUGCUGAAGGAAGAUGCUCCAAGGCAGCACGUAGAAAUGUUCUUCCAGAAAAUGGAUAAAAACAAAGAUGGUGUUGUAACUUUAGAUGAGUUUAUCGAAUCGUGUCAGGAGGAUGACAAUAUCAUGCGGUCCUUACAGCUCUUUGAGAACGUAAUGUAACCAUGCCUGGAAAGCACAGGAAGAGUCAGAGACUGCGUGUGUAACAAAGACCUCCUUUCUGGGUGAAAGCCUUUUACAAUUCAGCCAUGUUCUAUUCAGCCAGCGUGUGAGGAUUUUGUAUGACAUCUCCAACCAAAUGGCAACUGAAUGCAACUGAUCCCAUCUCUCCUCCUCGAGAGACAGCGGUGGACCUCUAUUUUGUUUUGGAAGCAUGCAAAUACUUUAAUAAAACCUGACGAGAGAGCUGCUGCUCGAAGCUCAA